ACCAAAACCAUCAGUAUCGAGUCACUAAACAUUUUUAGUCUAAUGUUUUCGUUAUGAUGGCUAACAUUAUUCAUUCGUGUUGACACUGCUGUAAAUGGUUUACAUAGUAAUAACUGAAUGGAACUGAAUCUCAAACGUCUGAACUUCAUUGAGGGAAGAUGCCUAAAGCAUCCAGCACAAAAAUGCAGACUAAACUGAGUACCUGGACACCUCUAAAUCAUCAGCUCUCCAAUGCUCAUGUUUUUGAAGAGAGAAGAAAUCUUCUUGGAAAGUGGUUUGAGAAAUGGACAGAGAGUCAGCGAAAGCAGGUGCUACAAGAUUUUUUCUCCAGAUGUUCUGCUGGCCAGCUGAAACAUCUCAGACAGACUCUGAGCAGCUGGGUACCAGAGGAAACCCUCGACUUCACCACGGUCCUUCCCAGGGUCAUUUCCCUCUAUAUAUUUUCAUUCCUAGACCCCAGGAGUCUUUGUAGAUGCGCACAGGUGAGCUGGCAUUGGAAAAACCUGGUGGAGCUUGACCAGCUGUGGAUGCCUAAAUGUCUGAAACUCGGCUGGUGCAUAACCUUUACUCCGACACCAUUUGAGCAAGGCGUAUGGAAGAGGCAAUACAUAGAAACAGUACAAGAGCUUCACAUUAGCAGGCCUAAGGUGCCUGUGAAGGAAGAGUUUAUUAUCCCUGAUGUGAAAGUCAUUGGUAGUGAGACAGAAGGGUCACUUCCUCUGACUGCUCACAGGGACCUCUUGGGUCUGCAUGGGAAGAGUAAAGAUGUGAAUGACUUGGGGAAAUCAUCCAAAGGUCUUCCUCCAUGGAGAGACUCAGACAGGCAUCCUACUGACACCAUACGCUUUAACUAUCUGGAUAACCUCCACCCGGGUGAACAUGCAAGAAAAGCGCUCAUGAAGACAAGGCAAGAAAAUUCUAUUAAAGCACCAUCUCACUCAACAUACAAGCUGCGCAAGGCCAAAUCAUUGAUGUUUUUAUCCCUGGAUCUCAGCAUGGCGGGAAAGCCAAGCCAUAACAGGCCGAAAUGGGCAGCACGGAAUUUGGAAGCACUUCCGGCUGACAAGGACUCCAUAAAGAGAAUUUCCCAGACGUCCCAGUGGAAUGCAGGGAUACGUCCUGGUCCUGUGAGGCAUCCAGUGCCUAGACUGAGUAAAGAAAUGCUUCGUGCUUCACAGAGAUCCCAUAGAAGUACACCAACUGUGACUCUUUUUGAAGGACAGCCAUGAAGGAGAAUUGAAAGCCAUAUAAGAAUUGAGACAUCUGCUGGAUCAUGUUGUGAUUGCAACAUGGAUGACUUGUUUAGUUUAGAGUUGAUUUAAUAUCAUGUCUUUAAGGUGCGACAGU